AUGGACUUUGUAAUUGAUUUGCCAACAGAUUUGGACGGCAACACUGGUAUUGUGGUCUUUGUUGACCGUUUGAGUAAGAUGACUCAUUUAGCGGCUGUGCCGACUUCAAUUGAUGGUGAACGCACAGCAAAGCUGUAUAUCGAUCGCGUGUUUCGUCAACACAGUUUGCCUUUGGCAAUUGUUUCAGAUUGCGAUCCUCGCUUUACGGGGAAGUUUUGGAUUUAUAAUUUCAAGGUGCUUGGCACCAGAUUGGACACGUCCACAGCGGAUUAUCCGCAGACCGAUGGUCAAGUUGAACGUGUUAGUGGUGUCAUUGGUGACAAUUUGCGCUGUGUUUUCGCAGAUACGCCUCGUCGUUGGAGCUCUAUGUAUCCGGUGGUCGAAUUUGCCAUGAACAAUUUGGUCCAUGCCUCAACUGGCUACACCCCGUUUUAUGUUAACGGCUUCACCCAUCCGCGCGUCCCAUUGACUCUACCACUCCGUGGUUUAGAGCUUGGUGGGGAAGGGAUUGCCGAUAGGCUUGCUGAUGUCAGCCCUGCCACUGUUCAGAAACAGGUUGGUGAGUUCCUUGCAACAAUGUAG